AUGGCGGCGGCGGAGGAGGCAGCGGCGAGAGGUAAUGUAUGGCUAGAAGACAGCCAGUUCAUUGCUCCGAUGGUUUCCAAUCAUAUGAUCUCAUGGGCAAAGCCAAUAACGGUUGGAUCCUUCAGCCCACACGUGAGAGAGUUCCCAAGAAAACGAAAAGAAAGUGAUUUGGAUCUAUCCCAAGAAGCUCACAGCCAAACUGAAAAGCGGAGGAGAGAUAAAAUGAACAACCUGAUUGAAGAACUGUCUGCGAUGAUCCCCCAGUGCAAGCCCGUGGCACGGAAGCUGGACAAGCUGACUGUUUUAAGAAUGGCCGUUCAGCACUUGAAGUCUCUGAAAGGUAUGACAAAUUCUUAUGCAAGAGAUAUUUACCGACCUUCAUUUAUUCAGGAUAAUGAGCUCAGACAUCUAGUCCUUAAGACUGCAGAAGGCUUCCUGUUUGUGGUUGGUUGUGAAAGAGGAAAAAUUCUCUUCGUUUCUAAGUCAGUCUCCAAAAUACUUAAUUAUGAUCAGGCCAGUUUGACUGGACAGAGCUUAUUUGACUUCUUACAUCCAAAAGAUGUUGCCAAAGUAAAGGAACAGCUGUCUUCUGACAUUUUACCAAGAGAGAAGUUAAUAGAUGCCAAAACGGGUUUGCAGGUUCACAGUAAUUUCCAUAGCAGACGGACUCACGUGUGCUCUGGCUCCAGACGGUCCUUUUUCUGUCGGAUAAAGAGCUGUAAAGUCUCAGUCAAAGAAGAGCACGACGGCUCGCCCGACACCACGAAGAAAGAUCAUAGGAAAUUCUGCACUGUCCACUGCACUGGUUACUUGAGAAGCUGGCCUACAAGUAUUAUUGGAAUGGAAGAAGAGAGGAACAAUAAGGAAGACAACAAUUUCACCUGCCUUGUUGCCAUUGGGAGAUUAUAUCCACAUACCAUCCCACAGAACAGCGGCGAGGUUAAAGUGAAACCAACUGAAUUUAUAACCCGUUUUGCAGUGAAUGGGAAAAUUGUCUAUGUGGACCAAAGGGCAACAACAAUUUUAGGAUAUCUGCCUCAGGAACUUCUGGGAACUUCUUGUUAUGAAUAUUUUCAUCAAGAUGACCAUAAUAAUUUGACUAACAAGCACAAAGCAGUUCUACAGAGUAAAGAGAAAAUAUUUACAGAUUCAUACAAAUUCAGAGCAAAAGAUGGCUCUUUUGUAACUUUAAAAAGCCAGUGGUUUAGUUUCACAAAUCCUUGGACCAAAGAACUGGAAUAUAUUGUGUCUGUCAACACUUUAGUUUUGGCACACAGCGAGACCGGAAGAACAUCAUCACUUCCUUACAGCUCUCCAUCGUUGGAAGAGUCCUGUGUCGGUGUGCCUGGACUGUGCACCGGCACGGUGCUUGGUGCCGGCAGUAUCGGCACAGAUAUUGCAAAUGAAGCUCUGGACUUACAAAGGUUACAGUCUUCUUCAUCCUUUGGUGACUCAAGUCCAACAGAUUCAGUGAAAGAUACUCAACCUAUAAACUGCAGGAAUGUGUCAAACAAGGAGUCAAAUCCACUAACUCCGUAUGAAAUGUGGGAGCUAGAAGCCACAAGGCAAAACCACAGCCCUGUUGCUCCCCCCAGUCAUGAGCCACUCCUAGGCGGUGCUGCCCAGUUGGAUUUUGAUGCCCUGUGUGGCAAUGACGACACAGCCAUAGCUGCCUUCAUGAAUUACUUAGAAGUAGAGGGGGGCCUGGGAGACCCCGAAGGCUUCAGCGACAUCCACUGGACCCUGUAG